CUUUUCCAUGAUUAAUCAGUAUUCAAUACGAACUUGAGAAAACGAGAUACUGAGAACUGAAUUUAUUAAGGUUAGGAAAAAUAUUAAAAUAUUCAAAUGAAAAAGGAAUAUCUAGAAUAAUUAUUUCGAAUGUUUUGAUUUUGAACAAUUAUAAUUUCUGACUAUUAUCCUUUUCAAUCAUUACAUUAGUAAGUAUUAAAAUUAUGUUUUAUUUAUACUUAGAUUUUCAGUAUAAGUUUGAAAAUACUUAGUUAAAUAUUUGUUCACUUUGUUGAUUUGUUAGAUCAAGAACAAUGGGUAACACAGUUUCGGAAGCUCAAAAAAAUACUGUCCAUAAUUUCGUUCAACAAAACGAAACAAAUAACAAUAAUGUUCCAAAAAAUCCACACAACUUCAAUACCGCCGGAAUGAAUCCACCUCCCGAGUGUCCCAUGCACGUUAAAGUAGAAGAGAAAAAACCUACAGCAUCUGGCUGUGCUGUUGCUGGAAGCGUAGAUGAUAUUAAUCCACUGAAUAUGGUAGGUAAAUAAUAAUCUAAAACUGCAACUAUCAAUACAAAACAAUAUACAUUGUAGUUUAGAAAAUAUUUGAACAAUUAAAAGAUUUGUUACUGUAAAUAAGUUAUAAUAAGUAUCCUCAAUUACAAUGUGUCAUAAAUAACAUAUAUAUAUUUUUAAUUUUCAUAAAUAUACAAUGUACUACAAUGAAGUAUAGCUAGUAAUAAAUUGAAUUUAAUUAUGAAUAUUCAGUAGACUCUUAUAAAUAAAUACAGAUUGUAUAAUUUGCCAGUAAUACUGAAUUUUGAUAUUUUGCUGUGACCAUUUUCUGUAUGUAUAUACUGAUAUUCUAUUCAAUAAUUCUGAAUUAAUAUUAAGUAGUUUUAAAAUAUUUGAUUUAUUUAUACAAGCCAUGCGUUCGAGACCAUGUACACCAGGAUUUAAAUACAAACCCUAUUGUAUAGUUACUUCCAUUUAGGAAGAUUUUUAUUAAAAUAUUAUUAUGUUUUGCAAUGUUAAUACUUAUUAUUGGGUAUUAUCAAUAUGUGUGUGUUAUGUAUAUUAAUUUACAUUUUACAAAAAUUUAAUAAAAUUAAUAAUUUAUAAAUAUUUAGUUGAAAACACUAUAUUAAACUAUAUUUUUAUUAUUAUUUUAAAAUAAUACGUAGGUUCAUUUUGGGUCAAUUAAUAUUAUACGAUAUUUUAUAUAAAACAUUACAUCAUAUGAUCAUCAUAUUAUUAAAAUAAAUUAUUGUUUUCAGUUACUGAGUACUAACUUUACUGUACUUACUUAGCUUUAUUUGAAUAAAAAUUAAUUUUGGGGAAAUACUUGAAAUUGCUAUUUCCAAGUAAAAUAAAUUUGAUUAAACAUAAUAAAUGUAAUUUAAAUUAUUCCUGAUACUUAUAUUUAGUAUACCCUACCUGUAUACAAGGUGUGCAAUUAGCAAUAAACAAUACCUAAUAGUUAAAAUGUAUUUAUAAAUAAAACAAAAAUUAAUGGUUUAUAUAUUGUGUAUAUUUUUGAAGUUUUAUAGUGUAUAUAAAAUGAACAUGCUAGAUUUAGAAUACAAAAUAUUUUGUUCUGUUAAAAGCAAUUAGUUUUUUUUCAUACCUAUAUUUAUACCAAUAAGUUGGUGUAUUAUAAAUAUAUUUCUAAUAGUCCAAUUUCUAUUUUGAAAAAUUAUUUGACUUUUUACAUUUCUUUACUAUGUUUUGUAGGUACUUUAACUAAAUUAAUUAAUUAAAAAAUUGAACAAUUGUGUCCUACAAAACAAACAAAAAAUAAAAAAAUCCAAGUACCUAUGUUAUUAAAAUUAAAAUUUGGUAAAUUUUACUUUUUUUUUCUUCUUUCACAGCUUCCAUUAAUCUCCUUUAUAUGUCACGGUCAGUAGUGAUCUCGAUGCUUGUUAUUCAAUCUAUCAUUCUUGCAUCUGUAUUGACUUGUCUUGCCACUGUUGCCAAGGUCUUCCCCUAGGGUGCUUGCCAGUUGGUUCAAUGAUACCUUCUGAGUUAUGCUUCCUUCAACAUGCCACACGUGGCCCGCUCAUUCUAAAUGCUCGGCUUUCAGGAAACAUUUAAUAUUCAGUCUGUUGUAUAGAUAUUCCAAGUUGGUAUUUUUCCUUCUUUCAUAGUCAUCAGUUGAUACAUUUCUGAUAGGUCUAAAUACUUUCCUCUCAAAGAUAAGAAAUUUCUCCUCAUCCCCUUGAAUCAUCAACCAUGUUAGUGGUUCAACCAAGUAUGCUCAAUUUGCAGAGAUUAUUGAAAGUUUAACUUCAUUAUGCUUAUCAUUUUUACAGUUAAUGUUAACCCCCAGGUACUUAAAAUCAUUGACCUGUUCAAAGGUGUACGGUCUGACUAUCAUAUUGUUCUUAAUGAGCAAGUAGCAUGUAUUUUGUUUUUAAUUCAUUAAUUAUAAGACCCAUCUUCCAAUUGAAUGCAUUUAAUUUGUCCACAUUGUCUAUUUCCUCCUGGCGACUAUUUUCUAAUAUGACAACAUCAUACGCAUAAGCCAACAUUUUCAUAUUUUCAUUACUCUUUCUUCUAUUACGUCUCUGACAACUUGUUCAAGGGCUAGGUUAAACAAAAUGGGAGACAGGGCAUCUCCCUGUUUUAAUCCCAAUUUCACUUCGAAAUGGGGGGAUUAGCUCCCCUGUUAUUGGAUUUUGCAAAAUGUGUUGCAAAAAGUUGCAUAAUUUGAUAAUUUUUAUUAAUUUAAUUUUGGGAUACCUAGAUUCAUCAAUGCACUCUAUAAUAUUGAUCUCUAUUUAUGUUGUCGUAAGCUUCGAUCAACGAAAACCAUAUGGAGCUCUUUAUAAUACUCAUAGUAUUUCUCCAUAAUUUGUCGUAUAGUAAAUAUAUGAUUUGUUGUUGAUUUCACUCUUAUAAAUCCGCUUUGGUAUUCUUCGAUAAUAUCAGUUGCAUAUUUUUUUAAUCUAUUGAAGAUUUGCAGACACAAAACCUUGUAGCUAUAUUAUAAAUUUACCUUUACCAAAUACAAGUCAUACAUUACAUAUUAUAAUACAAGUAAAUAUUUUUAUGUACAUUAAACACAUAUCAAGGAGGGGCCAAAAACCCUUGCCCCUAAAUACACCACUGCUCCAGAUUAUUGUAUAAAACUUCAUAUUAAUAUGUAAAGCAGUCUUACCCCUUCCCCUUUCUUAAAUGGGUAUUAGGUAAUAAAUGAACUAUCAUUUAAGUGGUCAUUAUAAAUUAAAACAAUUUUACAAAAUUAAAAACGUUUAGAAAACCAUUUCCAACCCUUUUAAAUAGUAUGUAUAUUAUUAAUUAAUUUUAAUAUAUCUUUAGAUGCCACCUCCAAAUCAAAAGCCAGCACCAGAUCAACCAUUUUUGUUACCAACAGAACGAGAAGUAUCUACUAUACCAAAAGCUGAAGGAGAUGGUCAAUUUUGGGUUUAUCCUUCUGCUCAAGUAAUAUUAAUAUUAUACAAACUGUCCAACGAAGAUAUACCCUUUGAAUAUCUCCGGAGAUAAUAAAGAUAAUCAAAUUCUGUUUUGUUUAUAUUUCUCACAGUGAUGAGUACUACAAAUAUUUAAGUUUGAAUUAUUAUUGUUAUUUUUUUAUUAAAAAGUUAAAAAAAUAACUUUUUAUUUUAUUAUUUUCAGAAAAUUUUAAGAUAGCCAUUCUGUAGUUUAUUUUUCUGAAAAUUUUAAUAUAUCACACAUUUAUAUCUGAUUAAUAGUUUCUAGGGAAUAACCUAACUGUAUUAACUGAUAACAUCAAUUUUCAUACGGAUUAGUAGAAUUUAAAAUGGCUGUUACAUAGAAACUAUUCAUCAGAUAUAAAUGUGUGGUACAUUAAAAUUUUCAAAAAAAAAAUUCAAAUUUAAAUAUUUGUAGUCUUCGUCCCUGUGAAUAAUAUAUAAAAAAAAAAAAAAACCAGAAUUUGAUUACCUUUAUUAUUUCCAUAGAUAUUCAAGAGGUAUAUUUUCGUGGGACAGCUUUUAUAUAUUAUUCAUCAAUUUAUUUUAUGGAACUGUUUUAAAAAAUUAUUUAGAUGUUUUGGAAUGCAAUGUUGCGUAAAGGAUGGCGUUGGAAAGAUGAUGAUUUAUCACCAAAAGAUAUGGAUGCUAUAAUAAAAAUACACAAUGUUAACAAUGAACUUGCUUGGCAAGAGGUACUCAAAUGGGAAGCAUUUCAUGGAAAUGAAUGUAUGAAUCCAAAGUUGAAGAGCUUUGGUGGAAAAGCUAAAGAUUAUUCUCCUAGAGCCAGAAUACGCAAUUGGAUGGGAUAUGAAUUACCAUUUGAUAGACACGAUUGGAUAGUGGAUCGUUGUGGUAGAGAUGUCCGAUACAUUAUUGAUUAUUACAGUACAGAUAAUUUACCUAAUAAGUAUCAAGUUGCAGCUUUAGAUGUCAGACCUGCUCUUGAUUCGUUGGAUGCUGUAUGGGAUCGAACAAGGGUAAAUAUAAAAUAUAAAAUGUUUUAGCAAUAUUAUUUUAUUUAACCAGUUUUAUUUGAACAUUCAUUUUAGGCUUCUUAUUGGAGAUGGCGAUAUGAAGCUGAAAUGGAAAGAAAUAUUGCUAACAAAAUAGAAGAAAUAAGAAAAGCUGAAAAAGUGUAAAUUAUUAUUUUUUUUUUUUUCUACACAAUAGUGUAUUAUAGCUUCUUAAACAAAGGUAAAUCACAGAAAUAUUACGAUAGAAUGUUCAAAACUUGACAAUAUUAUUUCACAACUACAUUACAUCAGUUUUUAUUAUUAUAACUACUUCUACUUUUAUUUAACGAAUCAUAUAGGUUAAUUUUUUUAAAAUUAACUCAUUAAGUAUUCUUUGUUUAGUGUAUAGUAGUAAAAGCUGAAUACAAAUGUAAUACUCAAGUAUUGAUUUCGUAAUAUUCCUAAAAACUGUAAAAUUUGUUUAUAACUUAAGUAGUUUUAUUAUUUUGUUUUAAUUUACUUAUAGAUA